CUUUUAUCAACGCGAAGAUGCAACCGCAAAGUCCUGGGCUGGUUCUGACAUUCAAGUUAACGUCAAUGCUUUGGAUUUUUAACAGUUUCCGCAACCUGCAUGGAGCACUCCUUUCCGCACAGAAGUGUGAGGAAGCGCUCUCCUCUCCGCUCCCUCACACAGCCUUUUCUGCCUCCUCGGUCUUCAACAGUGGAUAUGCUCCAGGCUAUGCCAAGAUCAACAGGAGAGGAGGCGCAGGGGGCUGGUCUCCUCAGGACAGCGACAGCUACCCGUGGCUCCAGGUGGACCUGGGCAGUCGUAGGCAAGUCGUUGCCGUGGCGACGCAGGGCCGAUACAGCAGCUCCGAUUGGACGACAAGAUACAGGCUGCUCUACAGUGACUCGGGCAGGAACUGGAAGCCCUACCACCGGGACGGCAACAUAUGGGCCUUCUCAGGCAACUCCAACACGGAAAGCAUGGUGCGGCAUGAUCUGGCGCAAGGCAUUGUGGGCCGGUUCUUGCGCUUCGUGCCAUUGGACUGGAGUGUAGAGGGUCGCAUUGGCCUCCGCAUAGAAGUCUAUGGGUGCUCCUACUGGGCAGAUGUAAUUAACUUUGAUGGACAGGGAGUUAUAUCAUACCGGUUUAAGAUAAAGAAGAUGAAGAUUAUAAAGGAUGUAAUCGCGUUGAAGUUCAAGACUUCAGAGAGUGAAGGAGUCAUUCUACAUGGGGAGGGACAACAGGGAGACUAUAUUACAUUGGAGCUGCGCCAUGCCAAGCUACUGCUGCAGAUUAACCUGGGCAGUAACCAAUACGGUUCCAUCCUGGGCCACACCUCUGUGACUUCUGGAAGCCUAUUGGACGAUCACCACUGGCACUCUGUGGUGAUCGAAAGAUACAGACGCAACGUCAACUUCUCACUGGACACGCACACGCAACACUUCAGGACCAACGGAGAGUUUGACCACCUCGAUCUGGACUACGAGUUGAGUUUUGGUGGCAUGCCCUACAGUGGUAAGCCAGUGGGAGGCGGGAGGAAGAACUUCAGAGGCUGUAUGGAGAGCAUCAACUACAAUGGAGAUAACAUCACUGAUCUGGCACGACGCAAGAAACUAGACACAUCCAGCUUCCGGAAUCUAUCGUUCUCCUGCAUCGAGACUCACUCCUUCCCAGUUUUCUUCAACGCCACCAGCUUCCUGCAGCUCCCGGGAAGGGCCAAUCAGGACACUGUAUCACUAGGGUUCCAGUUCCGCACGUGGAACGCCAACGGGCUGCUCCUGUUCAGUAUCCUUGACGACGGAACGCUUGAGAUUACCAUUGAGGAUGGGAAGGUGGGAGUUCACUUCAACAUGACGCAGAUGAAGGGCAGCAGGAUAGACAUCUCAUCAGGUUCGGCCCUUAACGACGGCCAGUGGCACGCUGUGCGUCUGGUUGCUAAGGAGAACUCCGUCACGCUGAUGAUAGACGGAGACGAGGCGUCGGCGGUCCGGACCACCACUCCUAUCACUGUGAGGUCCGGCGGGACGUACCAUCUGGGAGGUUAUUUUCUUCCCUCCUUAGCUCCUCCCACCCAGAGGUCGUUCCAGGGCUGCAUGCAGGCAAUCCUGUUGGACGACCAGCCGGCGGAUAUGCAUGCUGUGGAGAAAGGCAUUGUGGGAGUAUUCGAGAAUGUCAGCUUGGACAUGUGCGCCAUCAUCGACAGGUGCAUGCCGAACCACUGCGAGCACGGGGGGAGAUGCACACAGACGGGGGAAAGUUUUAGCUGCACCUGCGACGGAACGGGAUACACCGGAGCGACCUGUCACACAUCUGUGUUUGAACAAAGUUGUGAGGCAUAUAAACACCUGGGCAGAUCUUCAGACACGUAUUGGAUCGAUCCAGAUGGAAGUGGACCCCUCGGACCCUUCAAAGUCAACUGCAACAUGACAGAAGACAUGGUUUGGACCACAGUGGUAAAUAAUCUACCAGCUCAAACCUCAGUGACUGGGUCGAGCAGAGAGAGACGCACUGUGCUGCAACUCAACUACAGCGCUUCAAUGGAACAGAUCACAGCUAUCACCACGAGUGCAGAAGACUGUCAACAGCACGUGUCGUAUGCCUGCCGUAUGUCCCGGCUACUCAACACACCGGAUGGGACUCCAUACACGUGGUGGGUGGGGAGGAACAGUGAGAAACAUUUCUACUGGGGAGGAUCUGGGCCGGGCAUACAGAAGUGUUCCUGCGGUAUUGACCGGAACUGCACUGACCCCAAAUACCACUGCAACUGUGACGCCGAUCACAAACAAUGGAGAGAGGACAGUGGCCUGUUGGUUUAUAAGGACCAUCUGCCAGUCAACCAGGUUGCCGUGGGUGACACAAACCGACCGGGUUCAGAGGCCAAACUCACUGUUGGGCCGCUCCGUUGCCAAGGAGACCGUAACUACUGGAAUGCAGCUUCGUUCACCACGCCCUCCUCCUACCUGCAUUUCCCCACCUUCCAGGGAGAGACCAGUGCUGACAUUUCCUUCUACUUCAAGACCAGUGCCUCCUACGGAGUUUUCCUGGAAAACCUGGGCAACACCGACUUCAUACGGCUCGAACUCAAAUCUCCGACCGUGGUGUCGUUCUCCUUUGAUGUGGGCAACGGCCCCGUGGAGCUGGCCGUCCAUUCAGCCAUGCCCCUCAACGACGACCAGUGGCAUCGGGUGACGGCGGAGCGGAACGUCAAGGAGGCAGUGCUGCAGCUGGAUCUGACCUAUAGGGAAGCUCGGCCCGCCCCUCCCCAGGGCCACACGCGGCUUGAGCUGUUCAGUCAGCUUUAUGUGGGAAAGCCAGCUUCAUUGACCUGCCAAGACAGCGCAGCAGGGGGUCAAAGGGGGUUUCUGGGAUGUAUACGCUCCCUCAGGAUGAAUGGUGUGACCCUUGACCUUGAGGAGAGGUCGAAGGUAACUCCAGGGGUGAAGCCAGGCUGCCAGGGUCACUGUACUAGUUAUGGAAUGUACUGCCGGAAUGGCGGGAAAUGCGUUGAGAAAUAUAAUGGAUACUCCUGUGACUGCAGAACCACAGCCUACGACGGACCCUUCUGCACUAAAGAUGUCGGGGGCUUCUUCGAGGCAGGUACUCUAGUGAGGUACAACUUCCUGUCGGAAGCCGCGGCAGCCAAUCAGGACUCGAGGUUCCUGGCGCGACCUUUGACUCCACGGGAAGUGAAUCUGACGAGAGAAGAGGUGGCGUUCAGCUUCAGCACGUCAAACGCGCCGGCUGUGCUGCUGUACGUCAGUUCCCAGACGCAGGACUAUCUGGCUCUGGUGCUGCGGCAGAACGGAACUCUGCAGGUGCGGUAUAACCUAGGCGGCCUCAAGGAGCCGUUCACCAUAGACGUGGACCAGCGCAACCUAGCCAACGGCCAGCCGCACAGCAUCAACAUGUCCAGGAGUAACAGGACCGUCACCAUUCAGUUGGACCACUAUCCCCCAGUCAGCUACUCCCUGCCAGAGAUAUCAGACACACAGCUCAAUUUGGUUAAGACGUUAUUCCUGGGAAAAGUAUUUGAGACUGGAGUGGUAGACCCGGUGCUUAUAGAGCAUUAUAACACCCCAGGAUUCAUAGGCUGUCUGUCACGUGUUGAGUUCAACGGAAUCGCACCGCUGAAAACCGCCCUAAGGACCCCUGUUACAGACACACCCACAGACCGAGUGCUGGACAGAGCGACAGACAGUCAGCCAGCGUCCUACCAGGGUAAACUAGUGGAGUCUAAUUGUGGGGCAUCGCCACUCACCAUACCACCAAUGUCUGCUGCCACCGAUCCAUGGCGCGUGGACUCAGGUGCGGAGUUCCCCUUUAAUGAGGAGAGAGUGAUCCCAGAUGGGGUCAACAGGAACUCAGCCAUCAUAGGAGGUAUCAUCGCUGUGGUAAUUUUCACCAUUCUGUGUACUCUGGUGUUCCUGAUUCGCUACAUGUUCCGUCACAAGGGCUCCUAUCACACCAAUGAGUCCAAAGCGGCCGAGCCGGCUAGUAGUGAGUCAGCCGACACCACCAUCAUCGGCACCGACCCCAACCCGGAAACCAUCGACGAAUCAAAGAAGGAGUGGUUCAUCUAACAGCGAAUGAGAAGAUGGAGACGAGGGUGGCUGUAUAUCUAACCACAAAUCACGAGAAAUGCGGAGAGUGGAAGGUUGAUCUAUUGACCAAUCACAGAAGAGAAGUCAUCCAAUAUAGUCCCUACAGAAUGGGGGAGGGAUGAGAAGAAGGGUGUACAGAUAUCAGAUUUUUUCCCCUUAAAAGCAGAAGAAAGAAGAGACUAUUGGAAUGUUGCAUUAAGAGACUAACUAUGUACAUAACUACUGACAAGUCCUUCUUUGUAUUGUGUUUGGGAGUUUCCAGGAGUCCUUUGAAUACAGAAUAGAAACAGUAUAUAAUUACAGAUCUGGAUCAAAUACAUAUCUUAAAUACAUUAAAGUUCCAAUGCAGCCUUUUAUUCUUAAUAUCAAAGAUUUUUUGUGUAACAGUAGUAAAGCACUAACUUUUUUUCAGUUAGUUUUGUCAAAAUAUAACAAAAAAAGCUCAUUAGCAACUAACCAUUUUUUAAGCAAGACUUUUGUUAAGACUGUCUGGGAGCUUUCUGAGUGGGGAGGUAGUGGUCUUGAGUGUGGGGGUGGUCUUGAGUGGGGAGGAGUGGUCUUGAGUGGGGAGGUAGUGGUCUGAGUGGGGAGGAGUGGUCUUGAGUGGGAGGAGUGGUCUGAAUGGGGAGGAGUGAUUUUGAGUGGGGAGGAGUGAUUUUGAGUGGGGAGGAGUGAUCUUGAGUGGGGAGGAGUGAUCUUGAGUGGGGAGGAGUGGUCUGAGUGGGGAGGAGUGGUCUGAAUGGGAAGGGAAAGCAGAAACUAGCUGUUUUCGGCUGAGAUGUUUAGUGGUGUGUUAAUAACAAAAUUCAUUUCCUGCCUAGUAAUGUUACCAGACAGGCCAGAACUCCAUCCUACCAAAACAUUGUAGUGUGAAAAUGUGUAUCUAACACUGGAAAUCAUGCUUUUGAGUGCACCAGGAGAAGUAUUGAGGUAUCAAGGAAUAUGAGGUUAAUUUGAAGAAGUUUGUGUUUUGGGGAAAAUUCUAUUGUCUCCAUUGUACCAAACGAACUAAUUAAGCACAGCUCAAGUAUUUAACAUAUGUAUUUGACAUCUGUAUAAUAAUAGUUACUAUUAUUAUAAUAACCACUGGAACAUAUGCUAGCAGACAUUCUUUGUUUUUUUCUGAAAUAUUAUGCCAAAUCAUUUGUUAAUAAGUUUUUAAUUCCUGCUAACAUGUCCGUGGUCUACCCAUAUCUAUUCUAACAGUAUUUGUCUGACAAACCACUCAGUCCAUUACGUGUUACCAGAGAAACAUGGAUGCCAAAUGUUCUGCUGUAAAUAUGUUUUAUUUAAAAAUAUAUUUUCUCUCUUUUUUAAGUUUAUUUAUUUAGAGACAGGUACUAAUUAUACAUCAACAAGAACUUCAGACACUAUAUGUAAACAUAGCACAUGAAUAAGAGAAGUUUAAUUAUGACAUUAGAUUGUAUUCACAACAAUUCCUUUGAGAGGAAUGUCUCAAAGCAUGAUGGGAGAACAUGGCAGAACCAUUGUUACACACUGCACGGCAGUUUGUUGUCUGUCUUUCCACUCAGAGCAAGUGAACUCUUGAACUUCAGGACUGUGUUUUCUGUUGCCAAACACUUCAGUCUUAUGUUCUCAUGUUUGUUUUCUAAGGAUUGAUUGGUUGAUUGAUUUAUCCGUCCAUGAUUAUUGUAAUGAUCAAGAGUUUGCAUCAUGUAAUCCAAGGAGAAUCAGCUCUUGGCUUGAGAUGAGGGUGGUGUGCUGAUGUGUGUAGACGGGGCUGGUGGCAUACGGAGGGUGUGGCUUAAGGAGAGUGUGGCUUACGGACAGGGCCUUGGGGUCCGGUGGGAAUGGUUAAGGCUUGGUUCCACAGUGCUUAAUUUAGUGUUUCCCAAUCCUGGUCCUGGAGACCCAAAGAGGUGCACAUUUUUGCCCUCCCACUUACACACUUGAUUGAUGCAAUCAACCUAUCAUCAAGUCUUUCUUUUGAAUCAGGUGUGUGAGUGCUUGGGCAAAAACAAAGAAAAUUGCCCUCCUUGGGGUCCCCGGGACCAGGAUUGGGAAACACUGUCUUAAUUGUUUAACCCACUGUGCCUUUGGGAGUCAGCCUCAGCCUUCCUCUUGGCAAUGUGAAAUGGCUACCAUAGUGCUUGAACCCGACCCAUGUCAGCGCAUGUCAUUUA